AUGGCAAGAUUCCAAGUGCCGAGUGUCGGGCUAUCGGCCUGUGACCAUCUGCUGGAGAGCAUACGGGAAUCGUGUUACUACCAGACAUCGCGGCUUAUACACUUCAUUCUAGACUUGAAGGACCGGCUAGAUCUAGACCGCAUUGCGAGCUUUGGCUGCUAUUACCAGAUAUCCGCCACCAUCGUCCUGCUUCUUAUCGGUGGUGGGAUAAUCUCGUGGAGGCUCAUGAAGCAUGGCCCUGAUGGACAGCGCAUCCUUAACUCGAGGACCAUAUCCAUACAUACCCGAACAAAACAGCAGCCGGUUGAUCCUGCAUGGAUCAACACUGUACUAGGACCAAAAGGCUCUAGGCUGAAGCGCUUCCCCCCCAGGGACGAUGAUAAUGAUCCAGGCAUACUGAAGAAGCACUCCUCUUACCAUUCAUAUACCACUUCAGUGGCUACUUAUCCUAAAAUCCGCACAUUCUACUACCCUCAUCCACAUACAGAGAAGCUUCCCACAGAACCCAAGGUCCUCCCACUGCUGGUAUUCAUCCACGGACUAGGUGGGUGUUUGGCACAGUUUAACCAUCUCCUGCACAGCAUGAUCACCAUUGGCCCGUGUUUUGGCAUCGAUCUCCCUGGCUGUGGGCUGUCGACGUUUGCUCCACGGAAAUGGUCGGCUUAUUCCAUUGAAGCCAUGGCCGAGCUGGUAGCCAAUGCGAUCGAAAAGCAGAGAGACGCUGCUCGCAACCAGGAUGUUAUAAUCAUUGCACACAGUAUGGGCUGUUCCGUCGCGGCUCUGAUUGCCUCAUCUGACUCUGGGGCCAUGGCCGAGGUAAAAAAACACAUAGUUGGGAUAGUUGCCAUUUGCCCCGUUUCCGAGCCUCCCGACAAGGAGACAGUGAAGCUGUCUAGAAGGCUUCUAUACAUACCAGGCUUCAUAUUUGACAUAUGGCGCUGGUGGGACCGUAUUGGAGGGCAUUAUAGCCCGAGCGUCCGAAGACUUGUCAGUGAUGAAGCUGACUGGGAAACCCAUGAUCUCCAAUAUCGGUAUAACAAGCUGAGUCGCACGCCGGUAUGGAGACGGAUGGCAUGGGGCGCUCUUCCGAGGUAUAAUAAGUCUGGCCAGGCAAUUAGCGGCAUCCCUGGGAAGGAGGUAUGGGACAAAAUACAUAUCCCCCUCUUCUUCGUUGGAGGAGAGUCAGACGGUGUCACAAAACCGAAGGAGGUUUUGAAGCUCCUGCGUUAUUUUGACCACAAAGGAGCCUCAGGUGGUGAUACUGGUGGAGCAAGUUCCGAAAUACAGGGUGACGAACUCCCCACUGGGGUGCUACUCCAUAGUUUCGCUCAAGUGCCCGAAACAACAACUAGCCGGCGAAUUCAUCAUGAGAAUGCAACCUGGCUAGUUGAUCCAAAUGGCACUCAGGCCGUGGACACCUACGUGUUUCCGGCACCGGCUUCUCACUCCUUGCUGUUUGAUCGCAGCACUUACAGGACGUUAUCAGGCCAUAUUCAAUCCUUUGUGGCAGCAAAUAUUGACCUCCGUUUAGGCCUUGGGUGGCAGCUGCAGCAUCUGACCACGUCUGGCAAGUGGGACGUGAAGAAUCUUGCCAAAUGGCAGGCUGUGACUCCCGUAUCGGAGCCAAUAGGGCGUACCUUUGUUGCCAUGAAGACGUUGCGCGAGGUAGACCCUCACCACUCUCCAAAGCCGUUCGUUGAGGACUGGCGUGGUAAGAUAUACGCUGUUAUUGAUAUCAGCCAUGAAAACCCAGUGUACGACUACUCACAGCUAGAGGUGAACGGAAUCAAGUACUUCAAAAUCCCCACAGUCUCGAAGAUCCCACCGUCAGUGGACGAAGUCCGAGAAUUCUUCAAUAUCGUCAAAAAUCUCAAAGAGGAGAUCAUGUCUGACGCACUUAGGCGGGUAGGGAGAGUGAAUCUUCGAAACCCUGACCUCCCGAAAAUCGCCGUCCAUUGCCAUUAUGGCUUUAACCGAACAGGUUUCUUCAUUGUCUCGUGGCUGAUUGAGGUACAUAACUAUCUGAUCUCAGAGGCCCUGGAGGAGUUCGAAAGGGUCCGCCCGCCAGGAAUACGCCAUGAACACUUUAUAGACGCCUUGCAUGCGCGUUAUCAUAUGAUUGAUCAAACGCGCUCACGGCGUGAAAAUUGA